UAUAGACUUACAAGCAACCCUCGAACGUUAACGAUGACGACCGUUAGUGUGAAGAACGAAGCUGAGCUUCUCAGUGCUAUCCGGGCAGUUCGAGAGGACGCGAGUCCUAUUGACUGGGUAGUUGCAGGCCAUACUAGUAGUCCCACUGAAAUACAGCUAGUAGCAUCGGGUAGUGGUGGCCUAGAGGCUAUGAAACAGGCCUUACAAGACGAUAACGUCUGCUUCGGUCUAGUUCGAUUUGAAGAGAUGGUAGAGAUGAUCAAAACCACCAAAUUCGUGUACGUACACUGGGAAGGCCCUGGUAUGGGCUUCGUCAAGAAGGGCAGGUAUGCCAUAGUGCGAGGCGAUAUUACGGACAGAUACUUCUCGCCGGCUCACGUCGAUAUCGUUGGUUUGACCGACAGAGAUGACUUGACUGGAAAAGAUUUGCAAACCAAGGGCAAUAUCGAUCGAGUCCUCGAGUCCACCGAGGGUAGACAAGAGCGGACCUUCACAGGAAUUGCCAAGUCCGUCCAAGCCAAAGGCUCGUACAAAACGCAACUCUCAGGAGACCACCAGGUGGCGAACAAUGCCGCCGCUAACGGUGAUGUGAAGUUCGACAGUGAACUCAAGCAGACUAUCGCUGACAUCCGUAAGGACGAUCACGAGACUAAAUGGGUUGUUGCUGCCUACUCCGGUAACGAUGCGCGCAAACCUGUCGUUGUGGUUGCGAAGGGUACUGGGGGUGUCGAUGAGAUGGCCUCUAAGUUGGAUGGCAGUAUGGUCAUGUACGCUUUCGCGCGUGUACAAGACGUGUACGAAGGCAUUAAGACUGUCAAGUUUGUUUAUCUACAAUGGAUUGGUCCUGAGGUCGGUGCCAUGCUCAAAGCUCGUACCAGCGUCCACAAGGGAGCUGUGCACUCAGUCUUUCAGCCAUUCCACGUAUCAAUGGAAGGGGUAUGUGAAGUGAGCGAGAUUACCGAGGAGAAUGUGGCUAAUAAGGUUGGCCUAGCCUCAGGAUCCAUGAACUUCGUCAAAGCGGUAUCUGGUUCAUCAUAGACGCAUUCCUGUCGAGUGCAAUACCGAAGGCUAUGUACGUGGAAGAAUAUCGACCUGAAUUGGCCUGUCUGACACCAGCCCACACAACUCACACACACGCAUAGUAUGCUUUGAAAAGUUGUGAUGAGGAAUAAAACCAAAUGG